CUGCAGACGUAUAGAUGCAGAUAUAGAAGUGUUUUGAAGAUGAGCUGUUUACCUGGAAACCCAUAGUGAAAAUGCGUCAUGUGGUGCAUUUCAUUCUUCUACUCCAUUUGGACAUUUGAAGACCAAGAGAGAACAUUGUGAAAUGGUCAGAGUGAUGGUGACAGUUUAGAUAUGGUAUUAGUGGUUUGUUUUGUGGCUUCAAGUUUACAAUCUUUCAAAAUAGAAUAGAGUAUCCACUGAUUUCAAAAGAGCCGUGGUUGACUCCAAGGCCUCUCAGGUAGGGCAUGUGGAUUUGUUCUUUCUGAAAAUGUGUCUUCUCCUCCGUAUAGCACUCAUUGUUGUUCCUUCUCUAGGGUCCCUGUGAGAGACUCUGUGAAGACCUGGUUCUCCAGAGAUAGCUCCAUCCCAGAAGCACUUCACCUAAAAGGACUUGUCAAGCCAGACGAUGCCCGUUGAGCUGGGGCAGGCCCUAGUCCUGCUGCCGCCACUGGCGAAGGCUGAGGACUCCCCAUUCCCUGGCCCAGAUGCUGUCCCUCGCGGGGAGCUCUCUAGCCCUGAGGCUGCACGCCAGCUUUUCAGGCAGUUUCGUUACCAGGUGAUGUCUGGGCCCCACGAGACCCUGAGGCAACUUCGGAAGCUCUGCUUCCAGUGGCUGCAGCCAGAGGUUCACACCAAGGAGCAGAUCCUAGAGAUCCUCAUGUUGGAACAGUUCCUGACCAUCCUGCCCGGGGAGAUCCAGAUGUGGGUGCGGAAACAGUGUCCAGGCAGUGGAGAGGAGGCAGUGACCCUCGUGGAGAGCUUGAAGGGAGACCCCCAGAGACUGUGGCAGUGGAUCAGCAUCCAAGUUCUAGGACAGGAAAUCUUAUCAGAGAAGGUGGAAUCUCCAACCCGCCGAGUGGGGGAAGUGGAGCCCCAUCUUGAAGUGAUACCUCAGGAACUGGGACUUCAGAAUUCAUCCUCCGGGCCUGGGGAGCCGCUCAGCCACAUUGUGAAAGAGGAGUCUGACAUGGAACAAGAAUUAGUGAUGACUGCUUCCCAGCUUCCUGCCCAACCUGAGGAAAGGCUCAUCAGAGACCAGGACUUCGGAGCCUCCCUUCUCCAAACAGCACCUCAGGAGCAGUGGAGGCAUCUGGAUUCUAUUCAAAAGGAGCAAUACUGGGAUCUCAUGCUGGAGACCUAUGGGAAAAUGGUCUCAGGAGGCAUUUCCAAUUCCAAGCCUGACCCAACUAUUUCAACAGAGUGUGGGGAAGAGCUGGCAGGACUGCACCUUCAUGUCAGUGAGAAGACCCCAAGACCCACCUGUACAGGAAAUAGACAGGAGAAUGACAAAGAGAACCUAAACUUGGAAAACUAUCGGGACCAGGAACCUCAGGCCUCAGGAGAGGCACCUUCUCAGCCUUCCUUGAGUGGCCUCUUCAGCGAGGAUGCACCGAGAGGCUUUGGAGAAGGAGAGAAUCUCCCUGAGGCUCAGGAAAACCUUCAGGGUGAGGGGGCAGGGGGACAGCUGUCUCCUCAAGAAAGGACUUCUGGGAAACAGCUAGGUCAGCAUUUGCCCGGUCCUCAUCCCGGAGAACUGUCUGUGCUGUGGCUUGAGGAGAAGAGAGAGGCCUUCCCCAAAGGGCAGCUGCGGGCCCCCAUGGCCCAGAAACUCCCCACCUGCAGGGAAUGUGGGAAAACCUUUUACAGGAAUUCUCAGCUUGUUUUUCACCAAAGGACUCACACUGGAGAGACAUACUUUCAGUGCCCCACAUGCAAAAAAGCCUUUCUGCGAAGUUCAGACUUUGUGAAACAUCAGAGAAUUCACACAGGAGAGAAGCCCUGUAAAUGUGAUUACUGUGGGAAAGGCUUUAGUGACUUCUCAGGAUUGCGUCACCACGAGAAGAUCCACACGGGAGAGAAGCCCUAUAAAUGUCCCAUCUGUGAGAAGAGUUUUAUUCAGAGAUCAAACUUUAAUAGACAUCAGAGGGUUCACACAGGAGAGAAACCUUAUAAAUGUUCUCGCUGUGGGAAAAGUUUCAGCUGGAGCUCGAGCCUUGAUAAGCAUCAAAGAUCCCACUUAGGGAAGAAGCCCUUUCAAUAGCCAGGUUCUCUUAACCCAUUUCUAUUUCCCGGUCCAUUUAAAAAUACUUAACUCCAUCCACAGAAAUUACAUCUCUUAGAGGACAUUCCUGUUCUCUCUUGUUUCCAUGGAUUGGAGAGGAGAGACUUAAACAUGGUUUUGGACUUGGAGGAUAUAUUGGCCUCUGGAUUGGAUUUCACACUGGUUAUUUCUUGCUUCUACACCAGGAGAAGGAAUGGUCUUCAUCUUUCAGCUCAUCUCUUCUUUUAGACCCCUUGGGAAAAAAGUAUCACUUGGAGAUCCCAUUUUGGAAAUGCUGUCUGGGAAGAGUUUGACUGGAUUAGCUGCAGUUGCUGCUCAUGAGAAGAACCUUGGAUCAGCCCUUUAGAACUGGGGUCCUAGACCAGGUCUUCUGUUACAGAAGGGGGAGCAGAGAGGGCCAGUGAGCUCACGUGUGUUCUUUGUCAUACGGGUGCAAAAUUAACUUCAAGUGCCCCUUGUUUUAAAUAAACGUAGUAGAGUCGUUGCUAUCUUA